AUGCGUCAAUCAUUAAGUCUCCUGGCGGCUGUCUCCCGCACCCAGCCAUCAAAAUUGAAGAAGCCAGCGAUCAGUCUAGACCAUUUCAUCCAAAGACAAAGGGUACUGUCAUUAUGGCGUGAGAUCAUGAGAGCAUUGUACAAAGCUCCACCUUCUCCGACAAGAGAUGAGCUGCGCGCAUAUGCUCGACAUGAAUUUGAGCGGAAUCGUGACGUUUCAGAUUUGUCUCACAUACGCUAUCUGAUAUCUACAGGAAAAUCUGAAUUCGAGACUAUGAAACGAUACAUCGAUGAGCAAAUCGCUAGGUGA